GUCUGGCAAGUUUCAACGCUGCAACUAACGCUCUUACUUUUUUAAUGCCAUGGCAGACGACCGUCCAGCAUGGAUGACAGACGACCUCGACGAAGAAUGGAUAGAUGAAGAUGAAGCCUCUUCCAUGGGCACACAGUCCAUCUCUCUAACAACUCCGUUACCCGGUUACUUGCGAACCCCAAGUCAAGCUCAAGAGGAAACUGAGCCACUUCCACCAGCAUCCGAACCAGUUGGUACGUUUCUGAUCCGCGAGGAUAUAGCUCCAUCUCUCUUGCCAAAAACUCCCGGCCGACAACCCAAGAGGGGCAUCAUCAAAGACUUCUUCAGUCCACUAGCACUCGAGAAAAUGUUCGAGCCACCUUCACCACCUCCUUCGAAGUCAACUGCACUUACACUCCAAUCUGCUCCGACGGUUCCCUCUCGCCUAUGUCAGACAUACACGCCAAAUGACUCACAGGUAGACCUCGAGCUACCAGGCCAGCCCACGGCGGUACCCUCCCUCAAUUCACUGGCUCCGCCAGCCUCUAGCAUGGAAUGCAGAUUUACUUUUGCUGUUCCCCACACCAAUGGUAGUGUUCCCCAGGCAGAAAGCACGCCAGGUGUUUACAGCAUCGCACGACCUCCCAUGACAGACCCACGCCUACGUCUUUUUCAGCUUCAAUACGACACAUUCACGCGUGAUCACCUAUCGGCGAUGGUUGAUUCAAUAGCGCCUUCUGGUGAAAGCACAGAAGGCAAUGGUUCUUCCAGGAGCAUUCCACGCUUAGCAUUGGUGAACAUACAAGAGGCCACCGUCUCAGAUGACACACCUAUUCGCAGCAUUAAACGGGUGAAACUCAGCCCUCCAAGCCAUUAUGGUGAAGGCGAUGGCGCGGGUGCUACCAUUGCGAGGCCAAUGGUUUCAAGUUCGAGGGUGGAUUAUGUCGGCGAGUCUCGUUCCCUCAUGCAACAAAUCAAGGCCGCACGCGAUUUCUCAACGAUAUCUACUGCGGCAGGUUCGCAGUCCCCCUCAAGUCCAGCAGAUAAUAGAGCCGAGGCUCUUAACACGCAAUCAAAGUCACCAGGAACUGGUACCUCUUUCCUCCGUGUCGCUGACGAUCGCAGUGCAGCUACCACAAGUUCAUCGACAGCCGUAACUGCUCCCAGCAACCAUUCCUCUUUGGCAUACCGUUAUCAAGCAGCGACGUUGAUGGAGCAGAUUAAAAACGAUAUCCGAGGUUCUAAGCGUCUUUUCUCGGGUGCCACCGACGUAUCCCAUGUCACCCACGCAGAUGAGGUCUCGCGUAUCGAACGCUCAUGCAGCAGCGCAUGGUCUGUAUCCGAAGUUAAGGACAAUGCAGGCAAGAAGAAGGCCAAUAAGUUUGGGUCUCCCCGAAGGACGUCCUCUUCCUCCAGGAGCUACCGCAGUCCCCGGAAAACAUCGCGCCAUACCAUCAUUGAGGAUGCUGACCGAACCCUGGAGCACGAAAUGUCCAAUAUGUCGAUCGAAGCACCCUGGCAAGAGCCAGUUGCAUUGAUGUCUGUUACGCCCACCGUAGGCCUCGAUAACGUCCCACACAUUCGAAUAACUCCUUCGACAAGCCAGGAAUCUAUUGUGCAUCUAUCUGCACAGAUCCCUCCUUCGUAUCUCUCAUCCUCGAUUCGCUCUGGCUCCAACGAAGAUAUUAACAGGAUGGUAUCCUCCAGUACAGCUUCUGGAACCAUAACCACCACGAGCAGUGCACCCUCCAUCGCACCGUCGGAUAUACCAGCUCUUCCAGAGAGGGUUGGCCGCAUGGUCUACGACAAGGACCUCAUGAAGUGGGUGAGGGCAGCUUCGCGUGUGGUCUCAGAUGCCGAGGACCAGCGCGAUCAGACAAGUGGCACAGGUACAGAUGGAGACAGUGAGGAUCCAUUCAAAGACAUAGAGAGCCUGAAGGAAGAUGACUCCAGGGAUACACAUAGGAGUGCGCGCGUCGAUGUUGAAGUGGAGGUCCCUGAACCUGGAGGAGAGCAGGAUGAAGUGGAAAUGAGUCGUAUCGAGGAGGACGUGGAGUUGAAUGAUCAGGAAGAAGUAGACCUAACGUCCUUCUCCUUCGACGGGCCAUCGGUCGCAGCUAUUCGCAUUGUGCCAUCGGACGAUUCAGAAGACGACGGAGUGCAGACAAGCGAUUCUGAGUCAGACGACCAGGAUGGAGCUAUCCUUGGAAGUGAAGGCGAGCACGCUGCUGCCGUCUUCGAAUCGGAAGACGAAUGCUCGCCUGAGCCGCAAGCGGUUACCCCGGUUGCGCCACACUGCCGGUCAUCAUCCCUCAUUACCCCAAUGCCCCGCUCGGCACUGAAGAGCACCAGCGUCACCCCCAUGUCAGCAUUGAAGGACCCGAACCGCGAGCGGCACCGUACCCCAGCUCAACGUCUUGGCCACCGCCGUUCCGUAAGCUUUUCUGAUGGAAAAAGAGAUGGGCCCAUUCGGGGUCUGAACCCGAAAGGCCACGAGAGUGAUGACGACGUUGCUAGUCUUGGUACGAGCGCCUCAGAGCAGGACCCCGCACAGGGGCUAUUCAUACCCUCGGCAAGGUCCAGGCGCAUAGCGGAGAUGAUGCAGAACCUAGAAAGUCCUGGCUUUGAUAACGUCUCCCCGACCAAAUCGUCGAAUUCGGGCCGUCCGCCGACCGAAGAACUUCAGCCUUUUGCUGUGCGGCCGAAUAGCCAGAUGGCCGCUGGCGAUUGCAGCGGAUCAACGCGUCGAGUUUUCUCAAUGUCGCAGAAGAGUCGUUUAAGUGGAAAAGAUCAGAAGACGAACGCUACUUUCUUGACUGAGUGCUCCUUUGGAUUGGCGCACGACCGACUGGUGCAGGUGAUCACGGAUGUACAGCCUUUUGAGCCAUACUGGGAAGAAUUGCACACUAUUGAUCUUUCCCGUAAGUCGUUGGAUGGGGUGAGUCGGCUGAAGGAAUUCCUACCGAAGCUGGAUUCUCUUGUAUUAAAUUAUAACCAGCUGUCAUGGCUGAGCGGCAUUCCCAAUUCCGUGCGGACGCUUUCUGUCUCUCACAACUUACUGACAGGUGUCACUUCAUUUAGUCACUUGCAGAAUAUCGAAAGUCUCGACAUAAGUCAUAAUGACAUAGAUUCCUUAACACAAUUACAGUGUCUUCGGCACUUGAGGGAGCUACGAGCUGAUGGCAAUGCUAUCGCCAGCAUGGACGGCCUUCAGAAAUUAGAUGGGCUGACGAAACUCAGUUUGCAAGGCAACCAAAUACGAGACGCGGAUUUUGGCAAGUUCCGAUGGCCACGUUUGGAGAUGCUAAACCUGAGCGGGAACCAUAUAUGCAAGGUCCUGAACUUGGCAUCAAGCCUACCUGCAUUAAUUGCGCUGAAUAUCGACAAUAAUACAGUGGAUAAUAUUGAUUCUGGUGGCUUAAUGCCGAGGCUGCGCAUCCUACGAGCGAGUAGCAACCGACUCAAGCGCCUGAACGUUGCUCCAUUCCCAAACCUCCGCACGCUCUACGUGGACAAUAAUUCGCUUGACUCUCUCGUAAAGGCGGAACGCCUAGGAAAACUGGAAAACCUUAGCAUGCGAAAUCAGACUUCCUGCGCUUUCUAUCUUUCAACGCGCCAGUUCCGCGAUGUGAAACGACUAUACCUCUCUGAGCCAUGUUACAAUCUGGUGUACCUUGAGGUAGCCGGUUGCAGGUUGACCACUCUCCCACACGAUCUCGCGCGUCUAGCGCCAAACCUGAGAGUCCUGAAUCUCAACUAUAACUUUUUGAACGACGCUGUUCCCUUGGAGGGACUCACUAGACUUAAGAAGCUCACCAUGAUUGGUUCUCGCUUGAAGGGGACUAAACCGCUGAUCCGCAUAUUACAGCAGAUGCCUGAUGUGGAAAUGCUCGAUUUUAGGAUGAACCCCUGUACGCUUGGGUGGUAUCUCCCACUUCUGGUGAAAGACCUACCAGGGGCAUUGCAACCAUCUGAGAGGAACGGUACUAGGGAGGAAGAGGACGGUCAGUCCAGGGGUGAGAAGGGAAGCACAGAAUAUGGAUGGCAAGAACUGGACUCGAAGUUCCGCCGGGACCUCCCGGAUGAUGCAUAUGUCGGCCGCCUUGCAUACCGAGGUUUGGUCAUGCGCGCAUGUCCCCGAAUUGGGAUGUUAGACGGUGUCGAGGUGUCGGAGAAGGAACGGACGAAGGCUGAUCAACUGCUGCAGGGUGUGAUGGCGAAGAGUAAAAUUAAGGGGGCCAAGGGGAAGUCAGGGACGGCAGUGAUAAUCGGCGCUGGUGGCACAAAAUGAUUCCUAGCGACUGACUUCACUGCAUGAUCGAUUUGGGAAGUUUGCUUUGGGUAGUACUAUUUGCGGUGCGGUGUUUGUAGAUAAUCUAUCAUACGCUUGGUAUCCUCCAUCUAGUAUUCUCUUGCGGAGCUUUGUUACGUAGAGGGAACGAGU